UGCACCGCUGUCAGACAGGUGCAUCGUCUUGCUUCCGGGUUGACGCGUGUUGCGAGUUGUCUGCGCCAGGUGACGGUGCAAAACUGCCGCUGCACACCUGACGCUGCACACCUGCCGCUACACACCUGUCGUACCGUCUACCAUGGAGCCGGCGCUGCCCCUCCCCCUGGCCCCGCCCCUGCUGACCACCGCAGCGGACUCCGCCAAGGACUGGGCCAUCCUGCACGGUGUCGCCAUGAGAACCGAGGAGCAGCCAAACUCUUCUGAUGCCGUCAACUUUGCACCUUUCCAGCUGCUGCCUUCACCUGUACCCAGGGUGCUGUUUGACCAAGCGAAGGCGGUGCAGCGUGACUUUAACCUCCUGGUCCACCGGCUCAGCCAGGACUCAAACUUCCUCACCAGCUGCCUCAGAAGUACCAUCCAGGUGGACGACUUCACCUGUCGGCUGUUCCGCAUCUAUGAGCAGGUGCGACGGGAGGGCGUGGCUCAGCCGGUGUGCCUGGGGCUGCACAGGUCCGACUACAUGCUGGACGAUCCCAGCAGGACAGGCCAGGAGAACGGAGAACCAGAAGCAAAACAACCAAGGCUGGACUUGCUACAGCUGAAGCAGAUUGAGAUCAACUGUAUCGCCUCCAGCUUUGGGGGGCUGGGGUCACAGAUGCCAGGCUUACACAGACAUGUUCUACGGCUCUGUGGUGUUUCCAGGUUCACAGCUGACAGACAUUUGCCACAGAACAGAGCGAUGUCCAGCCUAGCAGGGGGUCUGGCAGCAGCCUGGGAACUAUACGGGGAACAGAGCGCCGUGAUCGUGGUUGUGGUUCAGGAGGAGAACAGGAACGCCAUGGACCAACGCUGGCUGGAGUUCGCUGCCAUGGACAGGAACCCCAGCAUCAGGGUGAGGCGCUGCACACUGACACAGAUCCACGACAGGGGAGAACUCAGGCCUGACAAGACAUUACUGGUGGAUGGUGAGGAGGUUGCAGUGGCGUACUUCAGGGCAGGCUACAUCCCAACAGACUACCCCACAGAACAGGAGUGGACAGCCCGGUUAAAGAUAGAGCAGUCCAAAGCCAUCAAGUGUCCGUGUAUUUCCUACCAUCUAGCAGGCACUAAAAAAGUGCAACAGGAGCUAGCCCAGCCGGGUGUGCUGGAGAAGUUUUUAAAGGACCCUGAGGCAGUGGAAAGAGUCAGAGCAACGUUUGCAGGGCAGUACACACUAGAACUGGGUGCUGAGGGGGACUGGACAGUAGAGAUGGUGACCUCAGAUCCCGGCAGGUUCGUCAUGAAGCCACAGAGGGAGGGAGGAGGUAACAACAUCUUCGGCGAGGACAUCCCCGCAGCGCUGAACAACAUGGCAGACGUUAAGGAGAGGACGGCGUACAUCGUGAUGGACCGGAUACGCCCAGCUGUCGUGUCGAACUACGCGGUCCGGCCGGGCAGGGAACCGGCGCUAACGGAGGCGGUCAGCGAACUGGGCAUCUUCGGAGUCUUCAUUGGGAAGGGCGAUGAGGUCGUGCUGAACCAGGAGGGGGGUCACCUGCUCAGGACCAAACCAUCCUCCACAGAAGACGGGGGUGUAGCUGCUGGCAAUGCCCUGCUGGACAGCCCUUACCUCAUCUGACAUGUUCCAGUACUGUAUUGACCUACCCUCGAUCCUAGUGGUUUCUCCUGACAGUGGUGAUUUCUGAUAAAGCUUCAGAAACUUAGUUCUCAUUUUUUAGAUUUCCUGUUUAGUUUCGGACUGGCUUUGUGCAUUUUUUUUUCGUUCUAAUUAUUAGUAUAGUCUUUUGUGAGGCAAAUUCAAGAAAUGGUUCUGAGCGAGCUCCAUGGAGUGUGUGAGUGUAGGCUAUACCACUGGGCAUGGGGUAGGUCAUCAUCAUAGUAGGAAAAACAUAAAAAUCGGAGCUAGGUCAUGUUGUACUUUGAGUUAGUUUCAAUUGUAGCAAGCCUUGAAGUAUGAUAUAACUAAUUAAUUGAUAAAUAAUUUAUUUGAUUUGGGGAAGCAUGAUGAUAUCUGAAGGUGCUGUGAGGAAACCACAGGGAAAGGGAAGAGUAAAGUGUAAAGUGUUUCCUAGCAAAUGGUGCAGGCAACAUUCUGUACAUUCCGGCGAUUUUAUACUGUUAAAUGUACUUAAGAACAAUUGCCAGAAUAAUGUAGUAAAGUGUGCAUGAAUAGAUAUAGAUGGUACAAAUAAAUAUUUUAUA